CAGAACCCUCAGCGUCCAUCACACGCUAAUCUAAAGAUAUCAUAUCAGGGAAACGGCCAACACUCGUCUGAAGGGCGCGUCCCCUUUAAAAAACCCCAAAGAGGCGUAUGGAAACGUCACAGGUGGGUGGUAACACUCAGGAUCGCACCGGCUGCUGACAAUCGGUUUCAUGAAGUCACAUUGUAGCCCCAUAGCAAAGUUACCUUGCCAGACAGACGCGCUUUUGGCUUGCACUGACUUGUACCCUGACUUUAACCCUAUACCACCACACGCACGUUUUGCAAGAUCUUACUGCUGACUGGGAAUACAUUGCACCCUGUCACUGUGGCUGCUACAAAAAGAAAGAAACGCCGGGACAAAAGGGACGCUUGGCUUUUAUAUUUCUUUGUAUUGAAUUUUUCUACCUUUUUUGUACGAUUUUGCCACUGAUACUGCAGUUAAGCGUGAGUUACUGGUAUCUUCGGAAAGUGUACUGAGGCGCACUGUUGUAACACACGAUGUACACUAUUACGAGAGGUCCCAGCAAACUUGUCACACAAAGGAGAACAGGUCCCACGCAGCAACUCGACAACAAGAUCAACGACUCAAAGCAGAAGCAGAAGCCUUGGCCAGUGUCAGAUAGCCCAGCUCAGAAGCUUGUGUUCAGCCGGGUGAACGGAAAGCGCUCCAAUACACCAGUGCCACAGACAGACUCCCAGGGCGAGGGCUACACAGCAGCACACCAGGACAAUGUCAACUUUGUAUACGAAGCCUGGCAGGAGGUGGAGCAGCGGCUGGGAGACUCGCGAGGGGCAGAGAAUGGGCACGGACCUGUCCAGUACACAGAGAAGGCACCCAGCCCCAGCUUAAAGAAUUUCGUCCCUAUUGAUCUGGAGGAGUGGUGGGCGCAGCGUUUUUUAGCCAAUAUUGUGAAUCUGUCCUGAUGGGCCCGUCCAGCCCCAGAUCUGGGAUCCGGAUGACUACCCCUGGAUGAUGGAAACUCUUUCUGGACCCUUGGAACCACCUUCGGAAGAAAGAGAAUUCGGACCAAGCCUGAUGCAGCUCAAGUGACCGCACAGUCACAGCCACGGCCACAUGUGGCUCAAUGCUGGCCUUGCACCUCGCUGAAACUGCCCAUUACGUUUUGUUUUGUUCAUGAAACAAUCUCUCGUAUCUAAAGAAAAAAAAGAUACCUUGGCUGGUAUUAACUAAAAAAAAAAAAAAAAAAAAUACUGAAGUAAAGAAUAUUUUCUGAAGUCUUGAGUUCUGAAGUGAAAUUCUUUGUGAGGCAGGUGGGGCUGCAGAUCAAUGACAGAACAAUUUGCCAGAUUUUUCAAGGUCUUUACACCAAGCAAGCAGGGAGCUUAUCAAUUGCUUGUUUCUAGUGUGGUAAAAUGAUGGAAAGCCCUUGAAACAUCUU